GGCUGCGAUACUGCUGCAGCGCCUGUCUUCGUUUGUAUAUUGGACUUCGGCUAUGGCGGCUAUGGCUAUCUCAGUGUUGCCAAUCGUGUCCGGUCUUCUGCCGUGCCUUGUUCUGCGCGUGAUCGAGGGACAAUCUCGGCGAGACAUUUGCAAUCUGAGCUCGGCUUUGUGUCCCGUCUCGGAGUCGCUUCAAUUUGAGAGGUCUCAAGCUUGGUGUAGGACCAAAGUGAAGGAGUCCUCGAGGAGGUCUAGGAGGGUUGAUGCUCGUGUAGUGAUGGCGCAGGCCAAUUCUGCGAUGGAGAAGUCUCCAGCGAAGAAGCAAGUGCUGGUGCCUGUGGCGAACGGCACCGAGGAGAUGGAGGCCGUGAUUGUGAUCGAUGUUCUGCGGCGAGCUGGUGCGGCGGUGACGGUUGCAUCCGUGGAAGAGGGAAAGCUCGUCAAUGCUUCGCGGGGUGUGAAUCUGUUGGCGGAUUGUUUGAUAUCGGAAUGCGAGGGAGUGGAGUAUGAUCUUGUGGUGUUGCCUGGUGGAAUGCCUGGUGCUGAGAGGUUUCGGGAUUCACAGGUUUUGAAGAGGAUCACGGUGAAACAGUCGCAGGAGAAGCGGAUGUUUGCUGCAAUUUGCGCUGCUCCAGUGGUUGCGCUUCAAUCUUGGGGGCUUUUGGCGGGGCUCAAUGCUACUUGCCAUCCUGGAUUUGCAGUAAAGUUGGAGGAUAAGUCAUCAGUGGGGGGCAGAGUGGUGAGAGAUGGUGCAUUGACGACCAGCCGUGCUCCUGGUACUGCGUUCGAGUUUGCGUUGGCUCUCAUUGAGCAGCUUUAUGGUCCUGAGAGCGUGCCCGCAGUGGCUGAUCCAAUGGUACUUCCAUCGCAUGACGGUAUUGUUUCUGCGGCUUUGAAAUUUAAUGAUGAGGAUUGGACGACGUCGUCGAUCCCUCGGGUGCUGGUUCCAGUUGCAAAUGGUUCAGAAGAGAUGGAGGUGGUCAUAAUCGUGGAUAUUUUGCGGAGAGCCGGUGCGGAAGUCGUUGUAGCUUCUGUGGAAAGUGAGACUACCAUCAAGGCUUCCCGUAACGUGCAGCUCGUGGCUGAUACUCUUGUCUCUGAGAUUGUUCAGACCAAGUUCGAUCUAGUUGUAUUACCUGGAGGCAUGCCUGGCGCAACUCGCCUUCAAGAAUCGGAAGAGUUGUCGAAAAUUUUGAAUCAACAAGUUGAAAGUGGACGCUGCUAUGGUGCAAUUUGUGCCGCACCUGCCGUGGUUCUUGAAGCAAAUGGAUUAUUAAAUGGAAAGAAGGCAACGAGUCAUCCAGCAUUUUCUAGUAUUUUGAAAGAUCAGAGUGCCGUGGAAGGUCGGGUGGUGAUCGAUGGGCGCCUGAUCACUAGCAGAGGCCCUGGAACUGCGAUGGAAUUUACUCUCAAUAUAGUGGAAAAGCUCUUUAGCCGCAGCAAAGCUCAGGAGGUAGCUGAACCAAUGGUCUUCAAUUACGUUUGAAAUUACAUGUUUUGUAGUAGACAUUGUGGCUGAGCCAUGCUUUGAAUCGUUUAGAAUUCAGAUGCCUUCAUUGCUGCAAUUUUGAUUAGUGCGAAUUUCAUCCGAGUGAGGAAAGUUUUGCAUGCAGUGGUGCGUGUUGCAAACCACCGCUGGCGAAUUCCGCUCACUGGGUAUGUAACUAACUCUUAGAAGUUGAGAAUCUCUUGCGCUAUACCAUUAAGAUGGGAGGCUAUUACUGUUCUUGUGCUGGCGAACAUUCAAAAAAGUAACGUAGGUUUGUAGUGGGUAAAUUGAACUA